ACUUGAGCAGGAGGAAGAGGUGUUUCGCGGAAGUAAAGUUUAGGUCGAGUUAAUUAGAACACGGUUGGUGUGUGUUGUACCUCGCACUAUUAUACACCCAGCUAGUAGUGGGCCGUGAUAUUUUCCUGAAAUCUGUGACUUUAUUUUAAUAUUAUAUAUACGCAGGGACGGGGCCAUUAAUUGCGUGUUAAGUUUAUAUCCGUUAUCUCGCUAUUAAAAUACUGUUAUCGCUUAUCUUUGCCGCUAUCUCUCUCAUUUAACCUCGAUUCUAUUUUAAUUUAGUGGUUGAGUUUAAGUCACAGCCUAUUCGCUUGCUUUUUGUCCGAAUGAGUCCCAUGUCGACCAACGUAUCUUCUCUUGACACCACCUAUCGGAAGGUAUUUGUGGGAGGUCUUCCCUACCACACGUCCGACCAAUCACUUCGGGAAUUCUUUAAUACAUUCGGUGAUAUCGAGGAAGCUGUUGUGAUUCAUGACCGAGCUACCGGCAAAAGCAAAGGAUACGGAUUUGUGACGAUGCAGGACGCGGAUGCUGCCAGCAAGGCGGUGGCCAACCCCACACCCAUUAUCGACGGAAGGAAAGCUAAUGUUAAUUUAGCCUAUCUGGGAGCAAAGCCACGACCGAAGAUUGUACCUGGAGUAAUUGGACUGAGACCCCUAACAGCUGGGUCCCUCAUCCACCCUCAAUACGCUACUGCUACCGCGUUAACUCCGCAGUAUCUAGCAGCUUAUCAGAACUACUGUCAAGCACUGGCUGCCCACCAACAUGCCCUCCUGUCCCUCACUAGCCCCGCUUCUCAGGGCCAGCCGGCGGCAGCUCAGACCUUCUUUGAGACGAACCCGUACUACGCGGCGGCUGCAGCGGCGCACGUGCAGUACCAAGCACCGACCAGCCCUGAUUACACGACCAGCGCCACCAGCGCCGCCCAACUAGCCGCUGGUAUUGGCAACCAGAGCUCCAAUGUGACUGCUGCUUUCCUCGCCCAGCAGCAACAGCUUCAGAACUCCGGUUUCAUGCAGGUAGCUACGGCCGCAAAUCAGUUCCCCGGUCACGCUACCCACUAUGCCACAUACCCCAACGAAAGUCAAUGACGGAACCAGCCUGGUAGUGCCGGGUGGAACAGAGGUAACCACCAGUCUGCAGCACGUGCUCCCCGCCACAUCCGUCCUGCCUAGCAACCCCACCCUGGUUACGGGGCCUAGCAACCCUGCAGCCCUUCUUGCGGGCCUAGUCCCCGCUCCUAAUCUUCUGCCUACUCGCAAAACUAACACCCAGCUUAGACAGUUUUACAAAACUCUUCUGUGACUCUUUCUCGCUCCAACUAUGUGUGCCACCACAUGGUGUUGUUGUUGCCAUGGUUACCUGUGUAGUGUCUACAUGGUGUCACCAUGGUGAUGCACACGUGUUGUGUCUACCUAUAAUGUUAUAUCGUCUACAUGGCGUACGCAACUCGGUUUAUAUUGUUGAUUUGAGUUUAUACGAACUAGUGAAUUAGUGAAGUGGUAACUACUAGCUGCACUCUCAUACCACCACGCCAGCUCUACAGCCCACGCUCACGUCACGUGGUAAUGUCACGUGGUAAUGUCACGUGGUAAUGUCACGUGGUUAAGUCACGUGGUAAUGUCACGUGGUAAUGUCACGUGGUAAAGUGUAAGAAUUCGUAAAACAGCAAUAUCUCCAGCUCGACCCAUGAUCUGUAGAAAUCUGUAUGAUAUGAGUGAUAAAAUUGUGCCGCUCCAAUUCUUUGCUUAUUAUUGAUGGAUUGAAAAAUUUAUUUUUAUAACUCAGUUAGUUAAAAUUAGAAUACAGGAAGCAAAGAGUUGGAGAGCCAAUCUAGCGUUACCUGGGUAACUUGUGUUACCAAGGUAACCAGCAAACAAUAUAGUAACGUUAUAUAUAUUUUCUUUUGUACGAUAAUAUUUCUUAGAUUGAAGCGUUAACUUUUCUCGAUUUAUUUUGUAAUAGAAUUUUUAGUCUCUUUCAGGGCUCUAUAAUUUAUGGACUGGACGUGAAUUUUGAUGAUGAUAUUUAAACAAUUAUGUAGAGAUUAUGUAUUUUAUCAGCCUGCCAAGUAUUUGAAAAUCAAG